AUUUCUUUUUUUCCUCAGUUCUUGAAGAAACAAACCUGAGAAGCAUAAAGAGAAAAAUUAUGACUGAAGAGAGCAGGUUCUGCAAAAAUUGUAAACGAGAUGUGUCUGCUGCCAAUUUCUCCCUCCAUGAGGCCCACUGCCUGCGGUUUCUCACUCUCUGUCCAGAAUGUGAUGAACCAGUUGCCCAAAAGGAUAUGAAAGACCAUCAAACAGAAGCACACAAGCAGGUCAGAUGUAAUCUUUGUCACCAGAGUAUGCAGCAGUACCAGCUGGAGUGUCACAAGGCCAAGGAAUGCCAUGAACGAGCAAUGAAAUGCACGAUCUGCGAGCUGGAAAUGCCCUUCAACAAGCUGCAGGAACACCUGAAUACCUGUGGCAGCCGAACAGAGCGGUGUUGGGAAUGUAACAAAUAUGUCAUGUACAAAGAUCAGAACAAACACAAAGAUAUUUGUCAAAAAAGUGGUCCGUCCAACCAUAAGGAUGUGAACUUUCAAACCAGCGAAGCAUCUACUCACACAACGUUAGUUUAUCCAACCACUGGUGACAGUGACAAUCUUUGUCUGAAGUGCAAUAAGUCAUUCCCAGAUGAUCAGUACCUCCAGCAUCUGAAUAAAUGUAGUGCACCCCAUACAAGGACAAAGGCUCCUGCUGGCCAGAAAACUUCAAAACACAGCACUGACCCUCCUCAGUCUUCUUCCUCCCUGGCUCCAUCUUCCACUUCUGAGAAUGCAAUGGCAUGGAAAGAUGUCCGUCCCAAAGGGAAAGAAAGGGACCAGCCAUUGACCUCCAAAACCUUGCUCAAACCUCCGAAGAACAAGAAGAGGCUUGGUUUUCCCUCUCCCAUGAGGAGUGGGCUUUCCACAUCACCUCAAGGUCUUAAAGACACCCUGUGUUACGACGUGAUGGUGACCUGUGCCCACUGCAACAUUCUCCUGCCACUUCCAACCCUUCAGAAACACGAGAUCAAGUGUCUACAUCUGACAUCUUUACAAAAUACCAGGAUGAACCCAAAAUCAAGUCAUGGAAAAGAAGGUAUUGCAGAAAUUGUGAAACGUAGAAUACAAUUUGUCAUCCAGAAUUAUUCUGUAUUGGGCAAAUUGGAACAAUGUUUUGCAGAGGAAGUACAUCUAGAAGAGUUAACAUUCAGAAUAUUGCAAAGCUUUUUGGUAUUCCAACACACUGGGUUCCCACGAGGUAGUUGGAGAGACUCAAUAGUCAGUUUUUGUAACAAAAAAGAAAAAAAUAAAAAAGGCUAAUUUUCCAUUUGAUAGUUGAAUUAAGAGCUAGUUCAAGUCAAGAGAAUAACAAAAACAAAGUAAUUUUUGUUUUCCCCAGCAUUAGCUUUUUUUUUCCAAAAGGAAAGAACAAGUAUGAAGAAUGCAUUUUAAACAAGUUAGAAAUGAAAAGAUAAUUUACCUCCAAAAGAUUGCAUGUUUGCAGCAUAAACGACUCACAGAAGUCAUAUCUGAUUGCACUCAAUCCAAAAAGUACCUUUUUCAGUAAUUUUUUUAAGCAGGCAUUGCUUCAAAACCAAUACAUUCUUCAAUCUCCUAACUCACACCCAUGUGCACACAAAACCACAUAUGGUACCUCUCAAAUUAUGCUGUUAUGAACAGGGUAGCACCAUCCCACUGUAAGCAGAGAUCAGCACAAAAGUUUCACAGCCAUUCUGUUCUAGGUUUAUGUGUUCCAACCUGAAUGUAGGUUUACAAAAUAGUUUCAGCAGAUAAGAAGUAAAAUUCAUCUUUUUCUGUAGUAAAAAUUAUGCAUCCAGUAGAAGCACUGAUUUAGUUAUCUGAGAUAACACUUCCAGCAGAGUUUGCACUAAUCUGUAGGUAUCUCUUUCCUCCCACUGUCCCAAAAAGGCCGUGAAUCUUACUUCUCCCUUUGCUAACACCCUGCUUUGCUUCUCAGAUCCUAAGAAGUAUCCUUUCCUCUCAGCCCAAUUAAUUAAAUGAAACUCAAAGCAGUUGUUCUCAAUUUGUGUUUAUCUACCUGGUUCAGUAAGAGAACUCCUUUACUUCUGCCUAUAAAACUUUCAUCUCCUGCUCAAACGGAGACAGCAAACACCACAGUACACAGUGGAGGGUUUGUCUAGUUUUGAUUUACAGGAUGACUCAAAUAAAAAUAAGUACAUGAUAAUUACAUGGAUUAUUUGACUUGCAUUAUGUUUCUUUAGACUGUUCUACUUAAUAAUGACAUGGAGACAGGAAGGCUGUAAAACUGUGAAUCGCUCUUUAAAAAGACUGAUAACUGGGCUUUGUUCAUU